AAAAUGCCAUUCUUUGGUUGGAUGAAAUGGCCAAAAAACAAUUCCUACAAACCUACACACUAUGCUGACUCAGAUAUAGUGACAAAGACUCUGCUUCGGGAAUUAAAAUGGCAUCUAAAGGAGCGAGAAAGAUUCAUACAAGAGAUUGAAAAUGAGCAAAAAGUGAAAAAAACAGGUGUGGAUUAUAACUGGCUUAGAAACUACCAGAGUCCCCAUACAACCAUCCCAGCUGCAGAGCAAAGACAACUCGAAGUUCUUUGUUCACAAGUUCAUCCUUGCCAAACUGGAACUAUUCUCAGCAGAUUUCGAGAAGUUCUAGCAGAAAAUGAUGUGCUGCCAUGGGAAAUAGUCUACAUCUUCAAGCAAGUUCUGAAAGACUUCCUCAGUAGUCCUGACAAAGGGACUCGGCAGGAGGGCCCACAGCACUCCUGGGACACAGGCUGUCCCCCCACCUCAGCACUCCCAGGUGAAAGCUCCAAGAGUCCAGAAAAAGAUGAAAUACCCACCAUCUCAAGUUACGUAGACAGGAACAGCAAGAACAGGUUCCCAGCAUGCUCGUACAGAACAUGGAACCUACCGUACUACUACCCACCAAGUUAAGGUUCCUAUAACCAAGCUUCCGUGUGCCAUCCAAGAACCAAUACUCCUAACAUUAAACAAAAGCGAUGUGACUUCAGUUUUCUUUGUCAUGAGGUCAGAAGUUAAAAUUCCCAUGGAUGAGUAUCCUGUUUUAAACUGUUCUUUUUUAACCACUCUAAACAUGUAAUGUUCUCACUGAACAGUAUGCUUCUAACUAAAUUAUUUCCUAAAUAUUUUUUUAAAAUGUUUAAAGUGUUUUCUUAUCCUUCAAACACAUCUCACAGGAACCAAGGCAAUUUAGUAUGGAUUUUUAUAUAUUCUGUGUGAAACUUAGUUAGCUAAGUUAGUUAUUCUAAGUUAGUUAGCUUAGUUAGUUAUUCUAAAAUAGGCUAUGUAUAAAAUAAAUGAUUACUGUGAAUCCUAUCUAUACAAUAUAACAGUGGAAUGAUGUAAAUAUCCCAUGAUGUGAUAUCAUUCUCGGCUGGGGACAGGGGAAGGGGGCAUUGAGGGAGGAAAUAACCUGCAGUUUACAAACAAAGUAGUGCUUUAUCCUGACUCAGAUUCAUUUUUAAUUACUUAUUUUCUAUCUUAACAUUAAAGGAAAGUAUUAAAAACAUCUCUACAGUG